AUGCAGAUCCACCAGGCCCUCUCCCUCACCCUCGCCAUCUCGGCCGUCGCCGUCAACGCGGCUCCCGCCUCUCGCCGCUCCGACGUCCGCGACCUCGCCAGCCGAGCCGUCGCCGGCACCGUCCCAGUCACCGACAUCGCCGCUCGAGGCUUUGCCCCCUCCACCAGCAGCGCUCCGGUGGUUGCCCGGGGCAUCGCCAAGAUCUCCAACCUUCGGAGGAAGAUCGACGAUCACUAUGCCCACCUCGACCACGCCAAGCGCGAGCAGGCCCUCGUCCACGACCUCCACAGGCGAGGCCUCCUCGACGAGCUGAUCAAGGCGCUCAGCAACCUGAUCAUGACCCUGCUCGGCACCGCCAAGCCUUUCCUCAAGCGCCAGGUCCCCGACACCGCUGCAGUCGACCAGGCCAUCCAGCAGAUCACCUGCAUCCUCGAUUCGCUCUUUGGCAACGAGGACCCCACCUGCGCCAACCUGACCGGCGCCGCCUCACACAGCGCCAACUCGACUUCGAGCGCCGCGGCCAACUCGACCGAGAGCCUGCUGUCCAACUCGACGCUGGCCAACGCCACCUCGGCCGUCUCGACUGUCAAGGAGCCCACCGCCUUUGUCAAGACGAUGCACAAGAUUGGCUCCGAGAUCCGUAACGGAUCCAGCAUCACCAAGAUUGUCGACGAUCUGAGGCACCCCGACGACGAGAAGGCCUCUUCGUCCAAGCACGCCUCCAAGGACAAGCGCGACCUCGCCAAGCGUCAGCAGGAGGGCGUGUUGGGCCUGCUCAAUGCCCUCCGCGAGGUGCUCGACACGCUCCUCAACACGCUCCUCCCCGAGUCGCGCGACAACCACCCCAAGCCCCCCGGUCCUCCCGCCCGCCCUCCGUUCCCGCCUUCGUUCUGCCCUCCCCCCACUCCCAACGACGGCCAGUACCGCCCCGGCUGCCCCGGCUACGGGAGGCGCGAUCUCCUCCUGCGCCGAAGCAGCAUGCAGGCGCUCGGCGAACGCGAUGCCGACAUCCUCUCUGCCAUCAUGCCCAUGGUGCAGAUGCUGAUGACGCAGCUGCCCGCCUUCAUCGCCAGCUUCUCCGAUUCGUCCUCGGCGGCCAACUCGACGUCGGGCGACGCGUCGUCCUCGGCCCCCGCCUCGUCGGACAGCGUGCUGAGCCGCAUCAUCGACGCCUACAACUCGGGCUCGGACACGUCGUCCGCCGAUUCCAGCGCCGACACCUCUGGCGCUAGCGCUGCCUACGCCACGGGCAACGACGCCUCCGAUGCCGCUCGCAAAGCGGCCAGGCUUAGCCAGGUCCAGGCCCGUUCCCUGUUCAAGGCCGAUGGACUCGACCUCGGCAUGGCCAAGGUCAAGCGCGCCAACACCACCGGCGAUGGCAGCGACAACUGUACCGCGAGCGGCAACAGCGGGGGUCUCAACGUGAGCCUGCUCGAUGACCUCCUCAACGGCCUGUUCAAAAGCUUCGGUCGCCGUGACCUCUCCGGCGUCAGCCAGGAGCACGUCAGGCGGAUGUAUAUCUCCGAGCACGAGAAGAGGCAGGCCGCCACGCCCGCUGCCACCGACGACGAUGGCAACGACGGCAGCGGCAACUGCAGCGCCAGCAACAACUCUGGUGGCCUCAACGUCAGCCUGCUCAACAACAUCCUCAACGGCCUGCUGGGCGGCAGGUUCUCGCGCCGAGGCCUCGACGCCGAGGGCUCCGGCAAUAGCGCCGCCAGCGGCAACGACGGCGGCCUCAACAUUGCCGUGCUCAACAAUCUGCUCAACGGCCUCCUGUCUCGCCGCGGAGGCGGAUCCACUGAUGCCGAAGGAUCCUUCAACUCGGCCGCUAGUGGCAACGAUGGCGGCCUGAACGUUGCUGCCGUCGACAACCUCCUCAACGGCGUCUUUUCCCGCCGAGGAGGCGGUGGCGGCAGCGCCGAGGGCUCGUUCAACUCGGCCGCCGACGGAAACGACGGCGGCCUCAACGUUGCCGCGCUUGACAACGUGCUCAACGGCGUCUUUUCGCGUCGCGCCGGUACGGGCUACACUCCCAACCUGCCCGGCUUCCAAAGCGCCGAGGGUUCUGGCAACAGCGCGGCCACGGGCAACGAUGGCGGCCUCAACGUAGCAGUGGCCAACAACCUGCUCAACGGCGUCCUGUCCCGCCGCGACGGCGAGAGCCAGAGCGAGUACCUCGCCCGCCGUGCCGACUUCAAGCCGGUGUGGGAGGCGCUGCGCGACAUUGGCAACCAGCAGUUCGGCUCCAAGACGGCUUCCGCGGCGUCGCACAAGCGCAGCACCGACGAGGGACCCGACUUUUCGCCCGUCUGGGAUGCGUUCCGCGACCUGGUCGACUCGGGCUACGCCGCCGCCGCCGCCAAGGAGGGUUCGUCGGCGCAGCGCCGCGACAUGCCCACGCUCGACUACAAGCCGCUCGUCCAGGCCUCGGCCCAGUACGCCUCCCAGGUCUUCCAGUCUUUCGCCAACCAGCACGGCAGCGGCGCCAAGCACGCCAAGCGCUCCACCGACUUUGCACCGCUCCUCAACGCCGCCAACAAGUUUGCCGGCGACGCCAUGAAGGAGUUUGUCGCCGCGCACAAGCACCACUAG